AUGAUAAACAAAGGCUACGACAUGCCAAGAGAAAAGUAUCAGCUUGUCCAAUGUCUCAGAAUUCAUUCUCCCGCCUCGUUCUUCGAUGACCUAGGUCUUAAAAGUCCUCAGUGUACACUCUACGUCAUGGUCAAGGAUAUCGAAAACUUACUUCCUGGCGGAUCCUCUUCUCCCACUUUGUCCUACAUUGACACGAUUGAUGAGUUCAAAUUCUACACAAUUACGGAACCUGAUACCUUCCAUUUCGCAGAAGACAACGUCCUAGCCACCGUCUCUUACAAACCAAUAUCUGAAUCAGGGGACUGCUACGAGGCAACCUCAUUCACUGCUUUUGCUAAACGUUGUGGUAUCAAUAUCUUCAAUGCUUCCUUGAAGCAUUCCAAAGAUGGCCAUUUGAAUUGUAACAGGUUGAUCGUUCAUGUCAUCGUGGAGCAUGACCUGGUGCCAUAUUAUCAGGAUAAAUUACAUUUUGAAGAAGUCGAGCGUGGGUUGAUCAAGAGAAAAGAUUUACAAAGUCUUGGGUUCCAAGAGGGAUUUGUAGCCGCUAGAGACUUCCACGUUUCUACUAUGGAAAGACUUUUAUAA